AUGGCUUCAGUUUUAGUAUCAGUAUUCCUUGUGCUUACUUAUGCAGGACCAUUCGCAACAACCAGCUUAUCGAGCACAACCACUACAACUACGACAACAACUACAACUACAACUACAACAACAACGACUAAUGGUGGACCAUCUGAAUGCUCAUCUUAUACAACAAUCAAUGAUGUGACACGUUUAACAGUAGCCGCUGCUGGAAGUGGAUGCGAUAGAACUCUAUUCAGCUCAUAUACGACCUGGGUUCGAUUUAAUGGGGCUAGUGGAACUCAAUUAGCAACAUCUGCCCCAGCUUCAAAUCAAUGUGGUGCUCAAGGUACUGGUUGGUAUUCAGGUCCACUGCCAGCAUCAGGUGUCUCUAAUAGUGGAACGGUGUGCUAUGUUUGGAAUUCGAACAAUUGUAAUUGGUCAAAUACGAUUCAAGUAACAAAUUGCGGUUCAUUUCAUUUUAUGUAUGGGAUCUUAUUAGUCCACCGGUUUGCAGCCUCCGUUAUUGUACUGCAUAAGCAAAAGGAUUUGAUAUAG